AGCCUGCACGAAAGGUAGCAAGCAAAUCAUCUACCAACAUUGCAGGAGCAGUAAUCCUCCCAGUGAGAGCAUCUCGAGGAUGUUUCAAAGUUCCAAAAUCUGCUCUUCCACACCUUAGGUUAUCAAGUGAUAAACAAUUUUACCAUGGAACGACUGAACUGGAAAAGUUACAAAGUCCUAAACAGUUUCAAGAGAAAUCAUUAAGUAAGGAGGAGUUAUAAUAAGGGAUUUUUGGGGCUGUUAAAAAUUUAGUUGGCUAAUAUUCCAAGAGAUCAAUUUUACUUUGUUCACUGACUUAAGUUCAUGGUUAUCAUUGUAGUGAACUAAAUUUUUAUUCAUUCUUCAACCAUUCAAAAGCUAAUAAUAUCCAUUCAAAAUAAUGAAACAAAUAUCAUAAUGCUGUAAUCUGCUAAACCAUUCAACAUAAUGGUAAAAAUCUAAUAAUAUUCCUUUGGUUAAUUCAAGUAAUGCCAUAAUCUGUUUCAUUAAAGAUGGUGCAGUCAGUGUUGAUGUACCUGAGACACCAAGUGAAUCAUCAGUGCCCAAUGGACAGAAUGUAGAUUCAGAACUGAUUACCGCAGAGGUAAAACGUAAGGUAGUGGAUCUGUUAUCACCUGCACUUUUGAAGAUGAAUGAAAAAAUUGGUCAACUGGACAUUGCCAUACAAGUAAGUGAUACAUGAGAUAUGUGACCCUCCACGACAAAAUGAGUCACUUCUCACCUCGGCCUAUUUUGAGCUAGAGUAAAAAAUAUGUGUUUGGGUCGAAAAGGAUAGAUUUUGGGAUUUUGAUUAUUUGUAAUUAUUUAUUCAUUUCUGCACACAUCUAUAAUAUUAUUUUUAAAAAAUUAAAGCUAUAACUUAUUUAAAAAUUACUUUAAAAAUAAUGACCUGUAAGAUUUUCAUGUAAAAUCUGCGUAAAAUUGAGCAUAUUUAUAUUUUUUUGAACGCUAGUUUCUUCAUUAUCCUUUCGAGCUAACUCGCCAUGUUUGGCAUCAUUGGAAAGAGUAUUCUCCCUUUUAUUAUUAUGUCUAACAUACACGUAGGCUUUAUAAAUAUCAACCAACCAAAAGGCUUAAAUUAAUAAAGGAUUUUUCGGAAAAUAAUGUAAAUAAUGCUGUCACUAGGAAGGGAAAGCCGUUUUUUCAUUGAACGAUACUAGCACGUGACUUUUUCUAACCAACCCCAGCGAAUGUUUAUGCUUAACUUUUCAACAUGGCUGCCUCCAGUACGAAAGAAAUUACUAUCGCUAAAGCACUUAAUUCGGCUAGAAAUGCAAAUAUUAAUGAUGAAAAAGAUUUGGAAAGUGUUGAAAAUAUUAUACAAGAGUAUUUUACAACACCAGCAUUGGAUGACACUGACGGAUCUAGCUCUAGUGGUGAGUCUGAAGCGAGUGAUGACGAAGAAAAUGCAUCUGCUCUGCUGUGUACACUUGAUCAACUUGGAUGUAGUAGUGAUGAAGAAGAAAAUGACCCACCUUUGAUCGAAGAUGUUUCUAUAAACAAUCAAAGCUAUAGUGGCGUUAUGCAGCCAGACGAAGAAAAGAAUAAGGUGGCAUCUUUUGAUUGCCGAUGCUCGAUAAAUUCAUUGCAUAGCUCUGUCUCGACCUCAAUAAAAAAAGGGUGCAUUGGACAAUUCACAGCUGAUGAGAUUUUAGGGCGAAGGCUGGACAUGCAGGAAUUAACAGAAGGUAAAUAUAUUAUUCAGCCUUUAAGUGUUAUUCAUAUUUUUUAGGGCUAACACUUAUAACUAGAACUAGAUAUUAAACAGUAAACAAAUAGGCUAAUUUAGGCCCAUUAAUUAAUUUACUAGGCCUAAACCACUACGCUCAUACUAUUAAAACCGUUACUAAUACUAAAUGAAUUACUUAGAGCUAGACAUUAGGCUUAUGUGCAGUUGGCUAGAUAUUAUGUCAUAGAAUGUACAGAUGUAAACUAUUCUAUUUAAAGAUUAUUGAAAGUUUCUAUUCUAUCUCUUCAGCUGAAAAGGACAUGAUAUUUAUAGGCAUACUGGCUGGUAGCUCUACAAAUAGCAGUGAGUUGACAAUUGAUAAGCCUUGUGGACGAAAAGUAAGAAAGUUGGAGAGAACCUCCUACACUGUCAAUGGCAAGAAUGUUUGCAGGGAGGCAUUCAAGUUUAUAUAUGGGUAAGUCAUCUGGAUGAUUGAUAUUUUUUUAACUGUGAUGCUCAAAACAUAAAACACAUAUGAUUUAAUGUUAAAAAAAUUUUGGAAACCAGGUAGUAAAAAUCAUUAUUAAUUUAAUGUUAUUUUAAUGUAUUUUUAAUGUUUCAGAAUUAGCCAAAACAAGCUGACCAAUGUCCAGAAAAGAUUCAGGGCCUGGAGGGAUACAGGCAGUAUUCCGGAAAAGAAGUGGGGCGGUAGAAGGUUAAAUAAGCAUGCUUUAAAACCUGACGAUGUUGAGCGGGUUGUUACCUUCCAACAGUAAUUAACCCACCAGGUCUCUCGGCAGAGCGUCAAGAAUAUUUGCACAAAAACAUACGUCCUUUUGUGCGAUCUGAUGUGCAGGAUGUUCUUUGUCCUUAAACUUCUUAAGUUGAGCAACACUUUGAUUUAAUUUUUAUGUGUCUAAGUUAAUUACUUAUUUUUUUAUGAUUUUUUGAAGAUUCAUUAAAUUGUUAUUUUUACCUCCUUUUGGAAACAUUUCAAAAUGUGACAAAAUACCAUUUUCAUUUCAAUAAAUUUUUAAAAUGUAACAAUUUAAACCCAUGAAAAAAAUUGAGUUUGUUCUCUAUGUAUAUGAGAUUGUAAUGAGUGUAAGUGAUUGUGUUUAAGUCAUUUACUUCUACAGAUAUGGCUUUGCAAAAUGGUACUUUAUAUUGUGUUUAAAAAAUCAAAAUAUGAAGAUUUUAAAAAAAAAUCAUUUUAAAUAACUAUGGGGGAUAUAUGGACAAAUGUGGUAUCCACAUUCUUAGAAUCAUUAGAUCUCACUCAAUCACCAAAAAGAGAGCUGUAAAACGAUUUUGAAAAAUCAGUUUGUGGUACCUACUAAUACACCUUAAUACUAUUUUUUUUAACUAAAACCUAAAUUUUUAUAUUUUCUUUUUUACGCAUAACAAAAAAAGUAUAUAACAUUUUCCUUUCAAAUAUUCCACAUAUCUUGAGUAAAAAGGGUUGAAUAAGUGUGCCUAAUUUAAACAAAAUCCAUAAACAGUUGCUAAGGAAAUUCUUAGUCCGAAAAAUAUAUUUAGUAAAAUCAAUUUUUCUCAAAAUCAGGGCUUGGAUAGUGGCUCCAAUAAAAUAUUCAUAACUAAAUAUGUUACUGUUAGAUUUUCAAGCGGUUUUCACCGUUGAAUUAAAAGAUAUAUAAGACUAGAUAAAAAUCUCUAAAUGGCCAUCAGGUGAGAAGCGACUCAUUUUGUCGUGGAGGGUCACAUAUGAGAAUUAUUUAUACAAUGAAAGCUUUUUUAAAAAUAAAUCCAGAAGUCUUGGCGAUCCAUAAUGACGUUUAUUUUUGUGUGUCUUUAUCUGAUCACUUGUGUCUAGAAAAUGUUAAGAGAUCAUAAUUUUUAUACAUUAUUUGUAAUUGGCUGAAUUUUCUUUUAUGGCUGAGUUUUCAUACUCAGGGAAUUUCCCCUCUCCUCUAUUUUAAAAGGGUGAGAUGUAUUCUUUUGAUUAUGGGGUUGAUCAGCCACCAAUGAGCCACAGGGUGGCUUAAAUAUCUAGUGAAAAGAAGGAUUUGAUGUUUUGUUAUUAUAAAUACCUUGUAUUGAAAUAUUCUACAGAAUGUAAUAUAAAUGAUUUCUUGAAAUAUAAUUUUUUUUUUAAAAAGAAGCUUUUCAAUUUAAUUCAAAAGUUUAAUAAAUUAACUCAUUAUUUUACAUUUUUAUUUUUUUUAUUAUACUUGGUGAAAUAAGCAUCAAGCUGUUUCAUAUUACUCUUUAUUACUUACUGUCAAAUAAAUCACAACUUGAAAAAUAAAUUCUGCACCUUCAGAAGGCUUAAAACAUUAUUCAAAUUGUCCAAUGGGAAUAUGACAACCCAUUUUUUCCUCUUAACUCCCAACUAACUAAUUUUUGUCUGUUGUUUGGAGACUCUGGAAUGCAAGAAAACAGACAGAGCAAGUAUAGAGACUCCUGCCUCCACAAUGAUGACAGCUGUCUUUCCUGCCUCCACAGUGAUGACAGCUGGUUUAGCCAAGCAGAUGAAUGAUGUUGUUUUUAAGCUUGAUACCCUAACCUCAAGAGUAGUGCUUUUGGAAAACAGAGUAAUGAUGUUAGAGGCUAGGGUGAGUAAAAUGCUUAUUAGAAGCUAGGGUGAGUAAAAUGAUAAAAAUAUCUAUUAACUGGGCUUUGGGAUAGGACUUGCAUGCAAUUAAAUAAAAUGCACUACCAGAAGGCUAUUUAAUUAUUUAUUUAAAAUACAGGUUUCAAAAUAAUAUAAAAGAGCAUUUUUUUUGUUCAUAUAAUUUUAACCAAUAUUUUUUAAUGUUCUUUAUGUGUUAAAGUUGGAGGACGAGUCUAGCAGAAGUCAUGCCUUUGUCUCACAAUCUGAUAAUAUAAAUUCAAAGAAGCCACCCAUGGUCCCAACUCCUCGGCAUAAAGUUGAGAAUCCUAUACGAGAAAAUGACAGUAUAUAUAGAAGUAAAAUUUCACAAAAGGAAGCAUUUAGCGAUGAUGAGGAUGAGACCAACAGAGAAAGAAUAAAAAGACACAACAGCGCUGAUUUUGAUGAGGAGAGUUACAAUGAAGCCAGUGUUAAUGAAAUUCCAGUAAAGAUUAUAAGAGAAACCAGUGAGGGAGCAGAAUUAAAGACAGGGUUUAUGAAAUCACUUUUAAAUCGAGAUGGUAAGAAUAUUUUAGAUUGUUAAAUUGAUUUGAAUGAAAUUUAGAAUGGUGUGCGAACGUUCAAAUGUUGCUAAACAUAAUUUAAUAAGUAUAUCAGUUCAGUUAAAUACUGUUUAUCUAUCUUCAGAUUCUACAUUGAUUUCUGAUCUGAGUGCCAUAGAUCUUCUUGAUGAAAAAGAAGAAUCUCAAAUUCAAGUGCAUAGUAAAGAGGCUGCUUUUGAAAAAGAAACAUUAUCUGACUCUGAACUGAAGUCUAAAUAUGGUUCUAAUAAAUCAGCUGUCACUAACUCUGAUUUGUUUGAUGCCAUAUUCUCACCAAUUCGGUCAUUUAGUGACACUAAAAGCUGCACUGGCCAGGGAGAUGGGUCAGAAAAAAAACCUUCUAAUAAACCGCAAAAUUCUGAAGAUGACAGAAGGUCCAGCACACCCACUCAUAUGGCCUUAGAUACUUCCACUUUGGACAGGGUCAGUCGUAUCACACAAAUGAUGGCAGAAACCAAACAGCUUCUUCAUUAGCCAGAAACAAUACUGAAACCUACUCAAUUUAAUUCUAAAACGAAUGACUAAAAUAAUGAUGCUUCAUUACAGUUUUGAAGCACUUGAUUUGAGUACACAUUCAAUACAAGACCAAGUAAAGACCAAUUGAUUCAUAUUCAUCUGGCUCACUCAGUUGCUAAACUCUGAUGAUUUACUCAAAAGCCCAAAUAACUACAAUAUAAUGGGAGGCAUGCUGCAAGAGUAAAUAUAAAGAAGACAUUAUGAGAAAAUUGGAAAAAGAUCAAAGAAUUAUUUUUUCAAAUAUUAUCAACUACAUUAUUUAUUAAAAUAAUUACUAAUGGCUGUGAAACACCAACUUCAGAAUAUUAAACAAGAAUAUAUUAAUUUUAAAAAAACAGAAUUAAGAGUUUGGUGAAAUAUGUGACUUAAUUUCUGACAAUCAUUCAAAAUAAUUUUAUAUUAAUUUUGAUACAUGUCUCCCAUGCAAACAGUGAUCUCAAUAUUCCAUAUAACCAUAUAUCCAGCCAUAAUAUUUUCACUCUUUUACCACCUGCAAAGAGGGCCAUCACUUCACUAGGGGAAAUAAUCCUGAAUUUAGCAUUGAUUCCCUUGUUAGGAAUUUUACAGCUGUCAUCAUUCAUAAACAUAUGAUGUCUUGACUUGAAGUGGUGCAGGAGGUACAAAACUCACUUGCCUUGUAGUUAACAGGUUUUUAAAAAUUUCAUUUGUCACAUCUCUUUUUAUUAUCUUUUAAAAUCAUAUAACCAAAAGGUUGUAAUAUAAAACCUAUCUAUGCCUAUGCUUAUUAUGUAAACAAAUCAUUGUGAUACUUCGUUCUUUUUUUUUUGUGUGGUUCAUUUAUGUGACAUAAAUAAAUACGGUAUUUAACAUUGUUAGAAAGGUACUUCAAAAUGACACCUUUUUGGUAAAUUUAUUAUUUUACUCUAAAAUAUAUUUUUUUGCCCCUGUUUUUUUGUUUGCUUGUACUUGUAGUUGUAAUAGCAGGUUUAAUAUUUAUUCAUACAAGUCAAUUGAGUAAUAUUGUAUGCAUUGCUGUAGCUGUAAUAUUAUUAUCAUUGGUUAUGUUUGUUCAUCAUUUAUUUCAUACAUUAGUUACCCGGUAUUGUAUUUUUGCGGGUUUCCUCAUAAUAAAAUAAUGUUUUUCAGUUCUUAAAAUAUAUUUUAAGGAACGUUAGACUCUAUUGGAUACAGCCUUUUCUUUUGGUGCCAUUGCUUGUUCAAAGAUUUGAGUUAGAACUAAGUUACAGAGGCUUCUCAAAGAGAGUUCCUCAAGUUGAUUUUGUUUGUCAUUAUGCAAAGGAAAUACUUGAACUUGUAAUUAUCCAAAAAGUAUUGUAAAAUAUACUUUCCCAGUAAAUGUAAAUUUUAACCUACUUAUGCUUAGAGGCUGUAUCAGUUGUGGUGAUCAAGACAAAGUUCAUGUCAUGAAACAUUUCGUUCUACACCAAUAACUUUUUUGGAUAUGGCUGCGUUGCAAAAUUGUGAUGAUGAAAUUGAAAUAGCAAAACGAGGUAUGUGGAAGCUUGAAUUUAAAGACAGGACAAUAAUAUUAGAACAUUUUGGCAUAGAUUCUUCCUCAGCGCACAGGACAAAUGAAAAUAUCACAAGGAACGGAGCACAGUAAACAACUCGAGAAAUAUCCAGAAAACCAGGGAGAAUAGAAAAGGCAUGAAGAAAAGAAAGAUAACACAGCUAUAUAUUUAAUUAACUUGAUAUUCUUAUAUAUUAGAGAGGUGUAUGCAACUAACAUACUCUAAUUGUAUUAUAAUGACAAGAUAGAUGUUUAAAGCGACAAAUAUAUAUAGCACG